GAUCAACCAUUGCAGGUUCUGGAACGCAUGAAACGAAAAGCAGCCGAAGCGGAACUAGCCCGUCAGGCUGCUGUGAACGGGUCAGCAGCAAAACGGAAGGAAAAAGAGGAGCCAGCAAAAGAGAAGAUUAGCGCAACAAAACAGCGCACAAGUGCCAAAUCUCCAGCCACACGUCGACGCUCACGUACUCCACCGGCCCGUCGCCGUUCACGUUCCCCGUUGGGGCAGCGUGAUCGGCGACGUUCCAGAUCUCGGUCACCGCACCGCCGCCGUUAG